AUGGGAACGGAUGUUGGUAGACAGACCGAUCUUCACGAGGUGAUCUUGCAUGCUACCUUUAAUCCGAGAUCUAUCGAGCCAAUGAGUGAUCGUCGGAGUCAUAGUAGCAACUACCGUUACUGCAGUCAAUCCAGGAAGAUGUCUGUAGGAGUUCUUGUUGAUUCUAUUUCCACUGCCAAAACAAAAUCUCUCCAGGAACCAGUGGCCCAAACUGCUGGAAUUGGAAUUGGAAGUUGCAGCCAAAAAAAUAGUGUCAGGUGCCGUGAAGGACAUUCACCACAUGUGGAAAAACACGUGAUAGUUGAACCGAAGGAUGCCUCCCCUUGGGUUUCCACUAGAUCUUUCAAGCCAAAGCUACCUCAUUCAGUCGCAGAUCUAGACACAGAAUGUACUCCAAGUUUGCCAGCAGCUUCCCUCAACUUUUUUGCUGCUAAGUCUGGCUUAGGAUCUGAUGUAUGCAAACAGAGGAACUCUGGUAGAGCUUACUGUUCCGUGGAGGAAUGGAAUGUUAAUAAUGCAGAGCAUGUUGAGAAUCAGGUAUGUUCAAUUGAACAAGGAGUUAGGCAAGAAAAAGAACAGGUACAAAAUAAUGAUAGGACAACAGAAACUGGGGGCCGAGAAUCUCUGAGGAUCAAGCUGUGGGAGAUUUUAGGAGAUGUUUCUUCACCAAACAAACAGCAUCCCAGUCUUCAGUGUGAGGUAUUGCAUCCGGAUCAAGACAGGAACAAGAAGCAGUGUCCUACUGAAAAACUAAGCCUGAAUUCGGACACUAUUGAAAGUGAUUCUCAAGUGCAAGUUUCCACAAGGCCAGUGACUCGAUCUUUAGCCCGGAGGAAAGCCACCAGAAAACAAGGUAAUAAGAGCGAACCAGAAAAAUCUAAUGAUAGAAAAGAGUGUCGACGGAAAAGAAUAUUCUCAUCCAAAGGAGAUAUAUCUGAGGGAUCAUAUGGUAAUUUGAUGGAUGGUUCUUUACCUUGCAAGGGAGAAAAAUUUAUGGGAAUGCGUUCUCGAGCUGAGACAAAUCAGGGUGUAAGGCAUAAAAUCGUAGAAAAGAGACCGCAGUCGGAAAAGAGCAAAUCAAUACCAGCUAUGGAUAAACCAGUGUUGCAUAAGAAUAAAGUUACCAAUGCUAGCAGUUCCACCGACAGAAGAAAUGAUGUACAUGUUGAGCCAGAGAAGGGUACCAAGAAUAAUUCUUCCUUUAAGUUUUCUCUUAAUACAAUGACUGAUCAAAGGGAUGUUCAGAAGCCAAUGGUUUUCGAAGCUCCAAAGAAGAAUCAGCAAGAGGACAUAUGUAAUUCUGUGUUAAAAAGGAAAAGGAACUCUCCGCAGCAACAAAAGGGUUUCAAAAAUAUUUCUUCAUUUGAGUUGUCUCUUAAUGCAAUUACUGAUCAGAGGGAUGUUCAUCAGCCAGUGGUUGUCGAAGCUCCAAAGAAGAAUUUGCAAGAAGACAUAUGUAAUUCUGUGUUAAAAAGGAAAAGGAACUCUCCGCAGCUACAAAAGGGUAUCAAAAAUAAUUUUUCAUUUGAGAUUUCUCUCAAUGCAAUGACUGAUCAAAGGGAUGUUCAGCAGUCAAUGGAUGUCGAAGCUUCAAAGAAUAUUCUGCAGGAAGACAUGUCUGAUUUUCUGUUAAAAAGAAAAAGGAACUCACUGCAGCCAAAAUCGGUUACCAGGAAUAAUUCUUCAUUUGAGCUUCCUCUUAAUUCUAUGACUGAUAAAAGAGAUUUUGAGCAAUCAAUGGAUGUUGAAGCAUCAAAGAAGAAUCUGCAAGAAGACCUUUCUGAUUCUCUGUUACUAAAGAAAAGGAACUCUGUGCAACCCCAAAAGGAUACCAAGAAUAACUCUUCGUUUGAGUUUCCUCUUCAUUCAGUGACUGACCAAAGGGAUCUUGAGCUGUCAAUGGGUGUUGAAGCUUCAGAUAAGAAUAUGAAAGAUGGCAUAUCUGACAUCCUGUUGAAAAAGAAAAAGAACACUGUGCAUAAUACUUCAACUCCUUCCGAGAUUAAGUCACAUAGCAGUUUGCAGAAAAGUAAGCAAGAACUUCACGGUCAAAGUCCUGCUGCGAAAAUAUUUCAUAGAACAGGCAUGCAAAACUUUAAUAGCUUUCUGAGUUCAAAAUCAGAUAAACGCAGACCAGAUGUGCAACCGGAACCAUCUAGUAAGAAAAAAGAAGGCAAUUGUCUGAAGAGAAGUCCCCUUGUGAAACCAAAUGUCUUAAUUGAUGAAGACAGUGAUAACCAGUCCGAAUCUUUAAAUUAUGAGACUGAUUCUGAGAGCUCUGAAGAUGAAUCAAAUUGCAAAGACUCAGAGGAAUUGUCUCCUGAAAUUCGCAUAUCUGAGAAUAUUCUACAUAAUUCCGAUAAAAGUCUUGGCAAUGGAAACGAUGUUGGAGUGAUUGGAUCUAGUCCUGCAUCAGAUUCAUUGAAAGAAGGGGUACAUGAUGCCAGUGAAAUGUACAUGGAAGAGAACCAGGAGGAUGGUUUGACCAGGGCUGUUGCACUCUUUACUGUGGCUCUGUCUCAUAUUAAAAUCAAACUGAAGUCAAUAAGUAGCAGAAGGUCUGCUGAUAUUUUGCGCACUACAGUUGAGGAAAUAUUGUUACGAUUACAGAAUGCAGAAUCUCUUAUUAAAACAGAUGUGGGAAAGCUGACCAAUCUGAGUAAUUCAAAAAGCAAACAGCUGGAAAAUAGAUUUCAAGAAAAACAGGAACAGUUGAUUGGAAUACAUAAAAGGUUCAACGCAGAGGUUGAACAGCACCUCCAGGAAUGUGGCAGCCUAAUAGCAAAUCUAGAGGAGCAUGAGAUUGAGCUCAAAAUAUCAAUGGAAAAGCAAAGAGCAGCGCAUAAAAAGUUUUUGUCACAAGUGGAGCAAGAAACCAAUGUCCAACUUGAAGAUGCUGAAAGCAGAAUCAUGGCUGUCCAAGAGGUGGCUAGGGAAAAGAUGCUUCAACUGAAACUUGGGGUGGCUGAGUGCUUGAACAUGGUGGCCUGAGUUGAGACUAACAUGAAUUGUAAAUUCUAGCUUAUUUUGCACCUAAAAGCGGCCCAUAUUAAUUUGUGAAGCUUUUUAAGUUGUUAUUUGAUGUUUAUUAGUUGGGUAUUUUAGUUAGGUGAUGUGGUUACUAUUAUGUU